GGGAGGCGGCGAUGCGCACGGCCGGAGAGACGCGGAGGAGGAGACAUGAGCCGGCGGGCGCCCAGACGGAGCGGCCGUGACGCUUUCGCGCUGCAGCCGCGCGCCCCGACCCCGGAGCGCUGACCCCUGGCCCCACGCAGCUCCGCGCCCGGGCCGGAGAGCGCAACUCGGCUUCCAGACCUGCCGCGCAUGCUGUCCCCGGACUAAGCCGGGCAGCCAGCCUCCCACGGACGCCCGGACGGCCGGCCGGCCAGCAGUGAGCAAGCUUCCCCGCACCGGCCAGGCGCCUCCUGCACAGCGGCUGCCGCCCCGCAGCCCCUGCGCCAGCCCGGAGGGCGCAGCGCUCGGGAGGAGCCGCGCGGGGCGCUGAUGCCGCAGGGCGCGCCGCGGAGCGCCCCGGAGCAGCAGAGUCUGCAGCAGCAGCAGCCGGCGAGGAGGGAGCAGCAGCAGCAGCGGCGGCGGCGGCGGCGGCGGCGGCGGAGGCGCCCGGUCCCGGCCGCGCGGAGCGGACAUGUGCAGGCUGGGCUAGGAGCCGCCGCCUCCCUCCCGCCCAGCGAUGUAUUCAGCGCCCUCCGCCUGCACUUGCCUGUGUUUACACUUCCUGCUGCUGUGCUUCCAGGUACAGGUGCUGGUUGCCGAGGAGAACGUGGACUUCCGCAUCCACGUGGAGAACCAGACGCGGGCUCGGGACGAUGUGAGCCGUAAGCAGCUGCGGCUGUACCAGCUCUACAGCCGGACCAGUGGGAAACACAUCCAGGUCCUGGGCCGCAGGAUCAGUGCCCGCGGCGAGGAUGGGGACAAGUAUGCCCAGCUCCUAGUGGAGACAGACACCUUCGGUAGUCAAGUCCGGAUCAAGGGCAAGGAGACGGAAUUCUACCUGUGCAUGAACCGCAAAGGCAAGCUCGUGGGGAAGCCCGAUGGCACCAGCAAGGAGUGUGUGUUCAUCGAGAAGGUUCUGGAGAACAACUACACGGCCCUGAUGUCGGCUAAGUACUCCGGCUGGUACGUGGGCUUCACCAAGAAGGGGCGGCCGCGGAAGGGCCCCAAGACCCGGGAGAACCAGCAGGACGUGCAUUUCAUGAAGCGCUACCCCAAGGGGCAGCCGGAGCUUCAGAAGCCCUUCAAGUACACGACGGUGACCAAGAGGUCCCGUCGGAUCCGGCCCACACACCCCGCCUAGGCCACUCCGCCGCGGCCCCUCAGGUCGCCCUGGCCACACUCACCCUCCCAGAGAACUGCAUCAGAGGAAUAUUUUUACAUGAAAAAUAAGGAAGAAGCUCUAUUUUUGUACAUUGUGUUUAAAAGAAGACAAAAACUGAACCAAAACUCUUGGGGGGAGGGGUGAUAAGGAUUUUAUUGUUGACUUGAAACCCCCGAUGACAAAAGACUCACGCAAAGGGACUGUAGUCAACCCACAGGUGCUUGUCUCUCUAGGAACAGACAACUCUAAACUCGUCCCCAGAGGAGGACUUGAAUGAGGAAACCAACACUUCGAGAAACCAAAGUCCUUUUUCCCAAAGGUUCUGAAAGGAAAAAAAAAAAAAAAAAAAAAAGAAAAACAAAGAGAAAGUAGUACUCCGCCCACCAACAAACUCCCCCUAACUUUCCCAAUCCUCUAUCCCUGCCCCAAACUCCAACAAAAAUCGCUCUCUGGUUUGCAGUCAUUUAUUUAUUGUCCGCUGCAAGCUGCCCCGAGACACCGCGCAGGGAAGGCGUGCCCCUGGGAAUUCUCCGCGCCUCGACCUCCCGACGACAGACGCCUCGUCCAAUCAUGGUGACCCUGCCUUGCUCGCAGUUCUGGAGGAUGCUGCUAUCGACCUUCCGUGACUCACGUGGCCUAGUACACCAAUGAUAAGGGAAUAUUUUAAAACCAGCUAUAUUAUAUAUAUUAUAUAUAUAUAUAAGCUAUUUAUUUCACCUCUCUGUAUAUUGCAGUUUCAUGAACCAAGUAUUACUGCCUCAACAAUUAAAAACAACAGACAAAUUAUUUAAAAAACCA